CCGGCAAUAAACCCGGACGGGCCGCCGCCGCCCUCAGGUGGGGACCCGCGGCGGUCGGCGAUCCCGGCGGGAAGGGGACCCUCGGCGCGCAGAGCGAUGCCGUUCCUGGGGCAGGACUGGCGAUCCCCCGGAUGGAGCUGGGUUAAAACGGAAGACGGCUGGAAGCGCUGCGAGCCCUGGAGGGAGGACCUGGACCCAGAGCGCGCCCAGCGCAGCGCCCCGCACAGCAUAAUCCUAAAUAGUGAAGAUGAAGAAGUAUUUACUAAUGGAGAGCAUGGAUAUGCAUCCAAGAAAAGGAAAAAGGACCAUUUUAGAAAUGACAGCAGUGCUCAGUGUUUUUUUCGUGAAAAAUGGAUCUAUGUCCACAAAGAAAGCACAAGAGAACGGCACGGCUACUGCACUCUGGGGGAGGCCUUCACCCGCCUGGACUUCUCGAGCGCCGUGCAGGACGUGCGCCGGUUCAGCUACGUGGUCAGACUAUUGCAGCUAAUUGCAAAAUCCCAGUUAACCUCAUUGAGUGGUGUGGCACAAAAGAAUUACUUCAACAUUUUGGAUAAAAUCGUUCACAAGGUGCUCGACGACCACCAGAACCCUCGGCUGAUCAAAGACCUCCUCCAAGACCUGAGCUCCACCCUCUGCACCCUGGUCCGCGGCGUGGGCAAGUCCGUGCUGGUGGGCAACAUCAACAUCUGGGCGUGCCGGCUGGAGACGGUCCUCACCUGGCAGCAGCAGCUGCAGAACCUGCAGGUGACGCCGGAGAACCACGGCCUCACGCUCAGUGACCUGCCCCUGCACAUGCUGAACAACAUCCUGUACCGGCUCUCGGACGGCUGGGACAUCGUGACGCUGGGCCAGGUGAGCCCCGCGCUGCGCACGCUCAGCGAGGACCGGCGGCUCUGGAAGAAGCUGUGUCAGUACCACUUCGCCGAGAAGCAGUUCUGCAGACACCUGAUCCUGUCGGAGAAGGGCCACGUGGAGUGGAAGCUGAUGUACUUCGCGCUGCGGAAGUGCUACCCGCCGCGGGAGCAGUACGGGGACACGCUGCUCUUCUGCCGCCACUGCAGCACCCUCUUCUGGAAGGACUGCCGCCUCGCUUUACUGCUCCAGGACUCGGGACACCCCUGCACGGCCACCGACCCUGACCGCUGCUUCACGCCCGUGUCCCCGCAGCACUUCAUCGACCUCUUCAAGUUCUGAGGCCCCUCCCCACGACGUGCCAGCCUCCGAGCCGGCGCCCCGGCCUCGCAGGAGCAGCCAGCAUCCUCUGACCGCGUGCUGCCCGGCCGAGCGGCUGCACCGGGCAGCUUCCUGCUCCGGGCGGGGACGCCGCGCUGUGUGCACCUCUGCAGGGUCAGGGACCCCGUGAAGUCAUGUCGCCUCCUCCUCUAGGAAGUUCUUUUCUUCCGGGCAUUUGAAAACUUGCACCUUUGCCUACUUACAGUGCGGUCCGGAAGGCCUGGGUUUGAGCGCCACUGCCGUGCAGAGCUGACACUAACGCAGUGACGGCUGGCUGGUCACGUCUCCAGGUUUUGUGUAAUUGGGCGGGGGUAGAACCAGCAGUCCGUGUAAAUACAUUGUGCAGAAUAUUUAUUUUUCUUAAGACGUAUUUAACCACCCUGGUUGUGACCAAAUGACCUAGGGCCGUGGUCGGCAAACUGCGGCUCGCGAGCCACAUGCGGCUCUUGGGCCCCUUGAGAGUGGCUCUUCCACAAAAUACCACGGCCUGGGCGAGUCUGUUUUGAAGAAGUGGCGUUAGAAGAAGUUUAACCCUUUGCACUCGCUUGCUUUUUUCUCGAUUCCUGCUACUGAUGCUAAUCAUGUCGAGUCACACUCGACAUCCGAGUGCAAAAGGUUAAGUUUAAAAAAUUUGGCUCUCCAAAGAAAUUUCAAUCGUUGUACUGUUGAUAUCUGGCUCUGUUGACUAAGGAGUUUGCCGACCACUGGCCUGGGGGAAUGUUUGUGUCCGUCCUGGUGUGUGGCGAUUGGGUUGUGACUUGUGCAGUGUCUGUGACCAGCAAAGGUGUGAGUGGUGUGGCCGCACACGUGCUGCCUGCGCCCUCGGACAGACGCUGGCGUCUGGGUCCUCGGAACCUGGGAGGGACGACGACUACUGAGCAUGCCCAGCGGCAGCGGGGCAGCCUGCCGUCUGUAGGGAACUGCUUUCCAGACAAUAAAUCCUGUUUACUGACCCUCCUCGGGUUGGCCUC